AUGAUGACCCUAAUAAAUCGGAUACUUGAUUGGAUUAAGAGUAAAUUUUGGACUGAAGAAAUGGAACUCACUCUCGUUGGACUACAAUGUUCUGGCAAAACUACAUUUGUUCAUGUAAUUGCAUCUGGACAAUUUAAUCAAGAUAUGAUACCAACAGUUGGUUUCAAUAUGCGAAAAGUGACAAAAAAUAAUGUCACUAUUAAAAUAUGGGAUAUUGGUGGUCAGCCACGUUUCCGAUCUAUGUGGGAGAGGUAUUGCCGAGGAGUUAAUGCUAUUGUUUAUAUGGUGGAUGCAGCCGACACUGAUAAAUUAGAAGCUUCAAGAAAUGAACUUCAUAAUUUAAUAGAUAAACCACAAUUAGCUGGUAUACCUGUCUUAGUUUUGGGUAACAAGAGAGAUUUGCCAAAUGCUCUAGAUGAAGUUGAACUGAUUGACAGGAUGAAUUUAAAUGCCAUUCAAGAUCGAGAAAUUUGUUGCUAUUCGAUAUCUUGCAAAGAACAAGAAAACAUUGAUAUUACUUUGCAAUGGUUGAUUAGCCAUUCAAAAUCUAAUCGUCAGUCAUCAACGUAA